AUGAAACAUCGUGAUCAAAACCCAGUAUACGGACCAAAAGUUGUACCUCGACUUGCUCAGGCGUCAUCCCGACCAUUACAUACAAAUACAAGAUCUGACUGUUAUUAUUGCAAUCGCUUCGGAAAAUUGGCACGCAAAUGUGGUCAUAAUGAUGCUUUCUUGUCCAAAAGAUCAUCAGCAAACAGAUUUGGGGCUCAAUGCAUUCAAAAUGAAAAUAUAGUUCAAAGAACAAAAUUAAAUAGGGCAGUUAUUCCAUCUGCGCCUCCUCCUUCAUCAUUUCCUGUACCUGGUUUACCUCCGACUCCUCCACCUACUUAUCAGGAAAGCGUUACUUUACCACUUCCUCCAGAAUACGAAGAAAGACUGCCAGAAGUUAUUGUUACACAACCACCUGCAACUGUAUUCAAAUGGAAUCCGGUGGCUAUGACUUGUCCUUAUUGUCAUCAUAUUAUUGUUACUAAAGUGAGGUCCGAGUCAGGACUAUUAGCUUGGUUACUUUGUGGAGUUAUGUUUUUAACUGGAUUAUGGAUCUUUUGUCUCAUUCCUUUCUAUUUGAAAUCAACACAAGAUGUUGUCCAUAUUUGUCCACUUUGUAAAUCACAAUUAGGUAGUUAUAAACCAUUGUGA